AUGCCUCAAUUACUGCGGAACAUUAAUGGGAUCAUUGAAGCCUUCGGUCGCUACGCCAAGACUGAGGGCAACUGCAAGGCGCUGACCCGAGGGGAGCUGAAAAGGCUCUUGGAGAAUGAGUUUGCUGACGUCAUCGUGAAACCUCACGAUCCAGUCACAGUGGAUGAAGUCUUUCGCCUGUUGGAUGAAGAUGACACAGGGACUGUGGAAUUCAAGGAAUUCCUGGUAUUGGUGUUUAAGGUUGCCCAGGCCUGUUUCAAGACCCUGAGCGAGAGUCCUGAGGGAGCUUGUGGAUCUCAAGAGCCUGGAAGCCAUCAUCCUGGGGCCUCGCAAGAGCUGAGGGAAGGACAAGAAAGUCACACUGAAGUAGGAGGUGCUGGGAGAGGUCAGCUCUGUGAGGGGAGCAGCUGUGGACAGAGAAAUCAGGCUUCCACAAGGCAAGAUGUCAGCUCCCCUCAGGUUGGUCACCAUGACAUGCAGACUGAGUCCCAGAGACAAGGUAGCAUGAGCCAGCAGGCACAAGUGUCAGGGCACAUGGAGCAGACCCAGACAGCAGAAGACAAGCAUCAUCAGACCAGAGAGGAACAGUCAGAGAGAAUGUCCCAGACCAGGGAACAGGAAAGAGCCCACCGGACCAGUGAGACUAUGACUGGAACCCUAACUCAGACCCAGACAGGUACCACCCAAACCCCAGAACAGGACAAGAGCCUUCAGAUGGGGAGCACUGGCACUCAGUCACGAGAGUCCUCCUGUACCCAGACUAGAGGGACUGAGACCCAUGGUCAGGACAGGAGCCAGACCAGCCAAAUAGUGGCAGGAGGACACACUCAAAUCCAGGCAGGAUUACAAACCCAGACAUACACCCAGACCCCAUGUCAGGAUGAAAGCCAUCAGACAGGGAGCACUGGCACCCAUUCACAGGAGACCACCUGUGCCCAGACCCAAGGGACCAAGACUGAUGGUCAAGACAAUAGUCAAAUGAGCCAGGUUGUAACAGGAAGACACAUUCAGACCCAGGUAGAGUCACAGACCCAGGUACACCCCCAGAUCAUGGAGCAGGACAGGAGUCAGACGGGAAGCCAUGUAGGGGUUAGAGAACAGGGACAGAGCCUGACACAGUCAGACAGUGGUCAAAGGCAGACACAAGUAAGCCACUACGAGACAGGGGAGACCAUGCUGGGAGGACAGGCCCAACCUGGGGCAAGCACUCUGACAGGCAGUCAGGACCGGAGCAGCACACAUCCUACGUGCAGUGUGACAGGAGGGCAGAGAGAUGGGAAGCCACACCCCACAGAGUCCACUGUGGUUGGUGAGGAGUGGGUUGAUGACCAUACAAGGGAGAUAGUGGUCCCAAAGCCGGACCAGAGCAGCUUGCACACCAACGUUUCUUCAGCUCAGGGUGGAGAGGUAGCCCAGCCUGAGGGGAGACAAAGCAUCACAGCUAGGGAGCUGUAUUCCUACUUCAAAAGCAACAAGCCAUGA